AUGCAAGAGCCCAACCAGUCCUUUGUUACUGAAUUCAUCCUUCUGGGAUUCCCCCUUGGCCCCAGGACCACUCCUCUGCUCUUCUCGGCCUUUCUGAUGAUCUACCUGUUGAUUAUUCUGGGCAAUGGCUUGAUUGCCAUCCUCAUCUGUCUGGAUUCGCACCUUCACACUCCCAUGUAUUUCUUUAUUGGCAUCUUGUCCCUGUUGGACCUUGGCUACGCUACCACAACUGUGCCCCAGAUGUUGGCACAUCUGGCCAGUGAGAAGAAGACAAUCCCUUUCACGAGCUGUGUGGCCCAAAUGUACAUUUUCUUGGUGCUAGGCAUCACUGAGUCCUGGCUCUUUGCCAUGAUGUCUAUAGACAGGUAUGUGGCCAUCUGCCACCCACUCAGGUACAAGGUCAUCAUGAGCUCGUGGGUCUGUGGGGUGAUGGUGAUUGUUUGUGGACUCUGGGGUGUCACCUCUGCCCUUGUCUACAUCAUGUUUGCCAUGCAUCUGCCCUACUGUGGCCCCAACAGAAUCAACCACUUCUUCUGUGAAGUCCCUGCAGUCUUAAAGCUAGCUUGUGCGGACACCUCAGUCAAUGAUCGGGUAGAUUGCAUUCUUGGUUUCAGUGUCAUCCUGAUCCCACUGUCCCUCAUUCUUAUAAUUUAUGUCAACAUUUUCAUUGCCAUCUUAAAGAUCCAUUCAGCACAGGGGCGGCUAAAGGCGUUCGCCACCUGUGCCUCCCAUAUCACUGUGGUCACCAUGUUCUCUGUGCCAGCCAUGGUCAUGUACAUGAAGCCUGGCUCUCAGGCCUCCCCGGAAGAGGACAAGAAGCUGGCUCUGUUCUACAAUGUCAUCUCUGCCUUCCUCAACCCCAUCAUCUACAGCCUCCGGAACAAGGAUGUGAAGAGGGCUUUCCUCAAGGUGACACGCUGGGGCACGACCCCAGAAUAA